GGUCCUAGUGUUGAGAAGGAAGCGGUCUGCAUCCCAACACAAGAAGGGACCGAUAGAAACCACGACAAGAUAAUACUUUAAGUUUGACCGCGAAGACUUUCUUUUCAUGGAGAGAAAACAUGACAUCGACGUCGAGCGAUAGGAGGGCCUUUGCUCAUAAAAUCAACCGAACUGUUGCUGCAGAGGUCAGAAAACAAGUGUCCAGAGACUAUGGAUCACCUCAACUGUCCAAGAAACGAGGAGGCUCAAACCACCCUUUGCCCCUGACGGAGGUGGUUGAGCCUGUGGAUUUCGAGGAGUAUGUGAGCAGUCACGCUCCAGGGGUGGAGCCCGGCCCCCUCAGACAGCUAAUGGAGUUUCCCCAGGAUGAUCUGGAGCUCCUCCAGCUGGAUAAAGAAUGCACUACACUGGAGCCCCCUCUGCCUGAGGAGGAGGAGGACUCUUUGGAUCCCAGAGUGAGAGAUGCCUUGGCAGUCUACACAGAUGAAUGGCUUGUCAUUCAAAGAAAGUACCAAAGCUACAGUACUGUAUACACCCCCCACAACUCUGUGCGGCAAAGGGAGAGGCAGCGAGGGCUGAUCAAACAGACAUUUGAACUGGAUGAGGCUGCUGCUGCUGAGCGCCAGGAUGACCAGGAUGAUGCAAAGCGGCGGUCAGUAAGCCUUGAUGAAACUCCUCGGGGCAGCUGGGCUUCGAGCAUCUUUGACCUGAAGAACUCUUCCCCAGAUGCUCUGUUCCCAUCGGUGCUGGAAAGAACAGCUGCAGAGGACAUGGAUCUUCACAAUACCGAGGCACGCCUGCAGGGGCGCCACAGUGACCUCCUUGGCUUGUACCCCCCUCCUGAUGAGGAUGAAGCAGUAGAAAGAUGCUCGGUGCCAGAAGUCCCCAAGGAACAUUGUGGUCAGAGAAUCAUGGUCAAGUGUCUAUCUCUGAAAUUUGAAAUAGAAAUUGAGCCGAUAUUUGGAUCACUUGCCCUUUAUGAUGUUAAGGAAAAGAAAAAGAUCUCUGAGAAUUUUUACUUUGACUUAAACUCGGAUCAGAUGAAAGGACUGCUUAAGCCUCAUACGCCACACAUAGCUAUAUCCACAAUGGCCCGUUCUGCCAUUUUCUCCAUUACAUACCCUUCUGCCGACAUCUUCUUGGUCAUUAAGUUGGAAAAAGUCCUUCAGCAAGGAGAUAUUGGUGAAUGCUGUGAACCCUACAUGGUGAUGAAAGAAUCAGAUUCUUCCAAGCACAAGGAAAAGCUGGAAAAAUUGCGACUUCAGGCAGAGCAGUCUUGUAGUCGUCUUGGCCGUUUUCGCAUGCCUUUUGCCUGGACAGCCAUUCACCUCGUCAACAUUGUCAGCAGUGUGGGAGGUCUGGAUCGAUCCGACCCAGACUCUGACUCUGAGCGAAAGAGCCAUGGAACCUGGAAUGAGAGAAAGAAGAAGGGGUUGGAGAGGAUGAGUGUUGGGGAUGAGAUGUGUAACUUUGCCACUUUUCGCCCAGCAACCCUUACUGUAACCAACUUCUUCAAACAGGAGGGGGACAGACUGAGUGAUGAGGACCUCUAUAAGUUUCUGGCAGACAUGCGCAGACCGUCUUCUGUUCUGCGACGACUGAGGCCCGUCACUGCUCAGUUGAAGAUUGACAUUUCUCCAGCGCCAGACUCUCCGCAUUAUUGUCUGUCGCCAGAACUGCUUCACGUGAAGCCUUAUCCAGACCCACGAGUUCGCCCAACCAAAGAGGUGCUGGAGUUCCCGGCUCGUCACGUAUACACACCACACACCACCUACAGGAACCUGCUAUACGUUUACCCACAAAGUCUGAACUUCAGCAGUCGUCAGGGUUCAGUGAGGAACAUAGCUGUGAAGGUUCAGUUCAUGGCAGGAGAGGACCCCAGCCAAGCUUUACCGGUCAUCUUUGGAAAGUCAAGUUGUUCUGAGUUCAUGAAAGAAGCGUAUACACCCGUCAUCUACCACAACAAGUCUCCUGAGUUCUAUGAGGAGACGAAGAUGAAGAUUCCUGCCAAUCUUACAGACAACCACCAUCUGUUGUUCACCUUUUACCACAUCAGCUGCCAGACCAAACAGAACAUUUCUCUGGAGACCCCUGUGGGCUACACUUGGAUACCUUUGAUGCAGCAUGGCCGACUACGCACUGGCUCCUUCAGCCUGCCAGUAUCUGUGGAAAAACCUCCACCCAGCUACUCUGUACUCACCCCUGAUGUUCAGCUACCAGGCAUGAAGUGGGUGGAUAAUCACAAAGGAGUGUUCAAUGUCGAGGUGACAGCAGCCUCCUCAGUUCACACUCAGGACCCCCACCUGGAUAAAUUCUUCACUCUGGUGUAUGUGCUUGAGGAGUACUCCUUCCCUUUCCGUCUUAAAGAUGUCAUCAUAACUGAGGCUAACAUGGAGGGAGAGCUGAAGGCCAGUAUAGCAGCACUGAGAGGGGCCCUGCUGGAUACCUGCGUCAGGUUUUUGCAUCAGCUGCUCAACAAACUCAUUCAACUCAUCGUCUACCCUCCAGUCAUUGCAGGCCAAAUUGUAAACCUUGGACGAGCUGCUUUUGAAGCUAUGGCUCUGUUGGUCAACCAGAUCCACAAAAACCUGGAAGGGAACCAAGACCAGCAUGGCCGCAACAGCCUGCUGGCAUCUUACAUCCAUUACUGCUUCCGUCUGCCCACUGCCGAACCUGCUAUGCCCCCAGCAGCAGGUACUCAGUCUUAUGACAUGCCAAUGCAGUAUGCUACCUUAUCCAGGGCAACGGCCCGCCCAAGCAGCCUACACCUGUCCCGUUCCAAGAGUAUUAGCAACUCCAACCCUGAUCUGGCUAGCACACCAAUUUCCCCUGACGAGGAGGUCCAAAGAAUCAUAGGAAGCAAGGGUAUUGAUCGCUCCCACUCCUGGGUAAAUUCUGCUUAUGCCCCUGGGGGCUCCAGAUCUGUGCUACGCCGGAACCUCAACUCCAGCUGUGAGCUUAAGCAGGCAAGCGACCUCAGCUGCAAUCGCAUGUCUGCCUUUCUGGACAGCGUGGCCUUGUUUUCAGUUCCCACAAGGCAGAUUACCAAGAAGUUGCUCCACGAGGAGCUGGGAUUGCAGUGGGUGGUCAGUACCAGCACUGUGAGGGAAGCGGCACUGCAGCAGUCUUGGUUUUUCUUCCAGCUCAUGAUGAAGAGCAUGGCUCAUCACUUAUUCCUGAUGUCUAAAUUGGACAUUCCGAGGCGUCAGCGUUUCCCAGACCGCUUUGUUGAUGACAUAAAUGCGCUUGUAUGUGCCAUCAGUGCAGACAUUGUCAGCCGGUAUCACAAGGAUGUGGAGCUUGUAGAGAGGUUAAAUAGCAGUCUGGCCUUCUUCCUGAAUGACCUGCUGUCUCUCAUGGAUCGGGGCUUUGUGUUCAGCCUCAUUCGCUCCUACUACAAACAGAUUGCUAACAAGCUCCACACAACACAAAACCCCAGCUCUCUAAAUGCCCUGAGGAUGGACUUCAUUCGUAUCGUCUGCAGCCAUGAACAUUAUGUCAUCCUCAACCUGCCCUGCUCAACGCUGAGCCCUCCAGCAUCCCCCUCACCUUCCACUUCCUCCACCACCUCUCAGAGUUCAGCAUUUUCCAGUAUGGUGCAAGACCAGGGUGUGGCCACGAUGUUUGAGCUCUCCGUCCCUUUUCGUCAGCAGCACUUCCUGUCUGGACUGGUGCUUACUGAGCUCUCUCUCAUACUUGAUCCUGAUGGUGAAGGGGUUUUCUUCCUUCAUAAAAAAGCCAUCAGUGCUGUACACUCCCUGCUGUGCAGCCAUGAUGCAGACCCCCGUUAUAGAGACCCUCAGGUCAGAGCCCACAUUGCUCAGCUCUACCUGCCUCUCAUCCCCAUCGUCAUGGAGACUUUGCAUCAUCUCCACGACUUCUGUGACUCUUCACCUACUUGGGUCCGUCAUGCAUCCGCCUACACCGAUGAUGCUGACCCAGACAGUGGCAACACUAUCAGUCAGUCUGUUGCCAUGGCAAUUGCUGGCUCCCCUUUGCCUCAUGCCAAAACCAGCCCAUUUGCAAUCCCCUCAGUGGCUGGGCGCCAAACCAGCUCCCUGUCUGCCGAGUGCAGCAGGACUCUGCUGGUGUGUUUCCUGUGGGUGAUGAAGAAUGCAGAUGCAAGUCUCCUAGAGCGAUGGGUGUCUGAUUUGUCUGUACUUCAGAUCAAUCGCUUGCUUGAUCUGCUGCAUCUCUGCGUUUCCUGCUUUGAAUACAAGGGGAAAAAGACUCUGGAGAGGAUCAACAGCUUGACAUUUAAAAAGUCUCAGGACAUGAAGGCCCGCCUGGAAGAAGCCAUACUGGGAACUAUUGGAGCCCGUCAGGAGAUGGUUCGCCGCUGCAGAGAAAGGAGUCCUUAUGGCAUCCAGGAGAAUGUCAGAUGGAGAAAGAACGUCACUCAUUGGAGACAAAAUGCAGACAGAGUUGACAAGACUAAAGCUGAGGUGGAACAGGAGUCUGUGGUGGAUGGAAACUUGGCUACUGAAGCAUCUUUGAUAGUACUGGACACAUUGGAAAUUGUAGUAAAGACUGUGGUUGCAUCUGAAUUGAAAGAGAGUGUUCUAGGUGGGGUGCUGCGAGUGCUUCUCCACAGCAUGGCAGGCAACCAGAGCGCCCUCUUUCUGCAGCAUUGCUUCACUACACAGAGAGCUCUAGUUUUCAAGUUUCCUGAGAUGUUGUUUGAAGAAGACACAGAACUUUGUGCAGACCUUUGCCUGCGCCUCCUGCGUCACUGCAGCAGCAGUGUUGCUUCUGUCAGAAGUCACGCCUCUGCUUCCCUUUACCUGCUCAUGAGGCAAAACUUUGAGAUUGGAAACAACUUUGCACGAGUUAAGAUGCAGGUCACAAUGUCUCUGUCCUCCCUGGUGGGAACGUCACAAAACUUUAAUGAAGAGCAUCUUCGUCGAUCAUUAAAGACAAUCUUGACAUAUGCUGAAGUGGAUGUAGAGCUACGUGACACACCUUUCCCAGAGCAGGUCCAGGAUCUGGUGUUCAACUUGCAUAUGAUUCUAACUGACACUGUGAAGAUGAAAGAGCAUCAGCAGGAUCCUGAAAUGCUAAUUGACCUCAUGUACAGGAUUGCCAAGGGCUACCAGAAUUCUCCUGAUCUGCGCCUGACGUGGCUGCAGAACAUGGCAGGGAAGCACUCUGAGAGAGGAAAUCACGCUGAGGCGGCCCAUUGUCUGGUCCACAGUGCAGCACUGGUGGCAGAAUACCUCAACAUGCUGGAGGAUUGCCGCUACCUGCCCAUUGGCUGUGUCACAUUUCAGCAUAUUUCAUCCAACAUAUUGGAGGAGUCAGCAGUAUCCGAUGACGUCCUGUCUCCCGAGGAGGAAGGCAUUUGUGCUGGAAAGUAUUUCAGCGAGUCUGGCCUGGUGGGCCUUCUGGAGCAGGCAGCUGCCUCUUUUAACAUGGCUGCUAUGUAUGAGGCCAUUAAUGAAGUGUACAAGAUACUGCUGCCCAUCCAUGAAGCUAACAGGGAUUUCAAAAAGCUGGCUACAGUCCAUGGGAAACUACAAGAUGCCUUCAACAAAGUCUACAACCAAAGUUCAGGAUGGGAGAGAAUGUUUGGCACCUACUUCCGAGUGGGUUUCUAUGGCUGCCAGUUUGGAGACUUGGAUGAGCAGGAGUUUGUCUACAAGGAGCCUUCAAUCACCAAGUUAGCUGAAAUCUCCCACAGACUUGAGGAGUUCUACUCAGUGAAGUUUGGGGAUGAUGUGGUUGAAAUUAUUAAGGACUCCAACCCAGUGGACAAAAGCAAACUGGAUCCCAGUAAGGCCUACCUCCAGAUCACCUACGUUGAGCCCUACUUUGACACAUACGAGUUGAAGGAAAGAAUCACCUACUUUGACAAGAACUACAACCUGCGUACCUUCAUGUACUGUACUCCCUUCACUCUGGAUGGCCGUGCCCAUGGCGACCUGCAUGAGCAGUACAAACGGAAAACCAUCUUGACAACAUCUCACGCCUUCCCCUACAUAAAGACACGCAUCAAUGUUACCCACAAGGAGGAGAUUAUUCUUGUCCCCAUGGAGGUGGCAAUUGAAGACAUGCAGAAGAAGACUCAGGAGCUCGCAUUUGCCACAAACCAGGAUCCUGCAGACCCUAAGAUGCUGCAAAUGGUGCUGCAGGGCUGUGUGGGAACUACUGUUAACCAGGGCCCCCUUGAGGUGGCGCAGGUCUUUCUCUCUGACAUUCCUCAUGACCCAAAGCUGUUUCGCCAUCACAACAAACUGCGCCUGUGCUUUAAAGACUUCACUAAGAGGUGUGAGGAUGCCCUAAGGAAGAAUAAGGCUCUGAUUGGACCAGACCAGAAGGAGUACCACAGAGAGCUGGAGCGAAACUACAAUAAACUGAAAGAAGCUCUGGGUCCUCUAAUCAACCGCAAGAUCCCCCAGCUGUACAAAACCCUGCCAGCUCAGACUCUGCAAACACAACGGAACUCCUACAGCAGGUCCAGUCUUCGCAAGGUCGACUGUUGAGGUGCAGAUGACUGAAAAAGAACACACGGCAACAAGCUUUAGAAAUUAGCACCAUCCCAUCCCGUCUGUUCCCCCUCCCCCCACUACCCGGCACACCAACUGUCACAAGCACACGCACCAUCCUCUUCCUCGUUAUUUUACCCCCUUCGCCUGCCCAGCCACCCAGUUAUGUCUUCAACCCCACCCACCCACACACAUGCAAACACACACGGCUAGUUGUCACUUCUUUUCCUGAUGAACCAUUUCCCCCGUCUCCACCAGUCCCACACCUCUGUAGGAGAGAAGUCUCAGCUGUUUAUACUGGAAGGUUAUCUGCUCUGUAAACAUUGUUAUUUGGAAGGAGGCUCUUAAGAUGCCAGAAUUAUAAAAGGAUAAAAAAGCUUUCCAAAGUAAUUACUCAGUGGCAACCCAGAGUAAUCUCUUGAAGUUUGAUCAGGCUUUAAUUCUUAAUUUUUUUAACAGACAAAAGCUACCAAACAUUUUGUAUCCAAAUCAUUGAGAAGUUGAACAGUUUUCUUUUUGCGUUUACAGAGGCAGCAGGCGGUCUGUUUAGUCAUGUCCUUUAUUAUUUGUAAGGGAUAUUUUUCUAAACCAUUCCUAGUGGUAGUCACUGCCAGACAUUGCUAUAAGAUUUUUCUUUUGCUGUCAACAGACCAAAUAACUUGCAUUCCUUCCUUCUCAAGUUGUCACAUUUAUCUGCACAUCUUGUUUUCAGAAUUCAAUAUAGAGUCGGUGGGCUCAUCCUGUGUAAACUCAGGCCUCUGGGCUUGUACAUAAAGAAAAACAACAGGAUGGCCUGUUUUAAAGGUGUUUUUUUUUUUAAACUGUGAAAUUUCUCUUGUAAUGCACUGCAGCCACAUCAGAUGUUUAUCACAGAAGCACUGCCUUUCGCCACGCUGUCUCCUUCACCCACAUAAACUGUUCAAAGUGCUGCAUCUACUAUCAAGAUGCAGUACGGUGUGAUAACUGAAUAUGGUUUCCCUGGUUAGGCAAUGUUGAUUUUUUUUAAACCUUAACUGCUGUCAAAAAGCACUCCAUAUGUGUUGUGUAAGUUCACCACUGCUUGUUGAAAGUUUGCAUUUAAUGUAGCCUUUUUCUACUACUGUAUCUGUUAAAUUGCACUAUUGUAAAACAAGCUGUGGCAUAUUAACACUGUAACAAGUAAACUAGCCAAGGAACUGCUUUUCUACCAAUUAGAUUUUUAUUUAUUUACUGUCUCUUCCAAUAAAUAUCUCUUCCUACA